GAGUUCCACAGUUAUAGGGAAAAAAAAGGAGAAAGGAAGGGCGGCGUUUGUAAGUCACAAGGCGCGUUGGAGUUUUGUAUGCCUCCCACCCCAACCAAAAAAGGAAAAGAAAAACCUACACCCUUCCCAUCUCUCUCACCCAAAAACUUGCAACAAAAGCUCUAUACCCAUUUUCUCUCACACCCGAAAGCCCUAGAUGCAACAAUGGCAUUAAGCUACUCCCUCUCACACCGAAAAACCCUAGAUGCAACAAUGGCAUUAAGCUACUCCCUCUCACACCGAAAAACCCUAGAUGCAACAAUGGCAUUAAGAGCUCUCAACACAAUCUACUCGAAGCUCCUCUCUCGAAUGGCUGUUUGUUCCCUCCGCACAUUCGCUCCCAUCAACUCCAAUUCCGAAUCAGAUAUUCCAACUAAUAAUUCGGAUUCGGACUUACGUUCAAAACAACUUCCUCAUGCCGAAGGUAAGAAAAACAGAGCAUUCAAUCGAUUUAUGAAAGACGGGUCAACAUUCCCCCGCAAGGUGUUGAACGACGACGAGAAAUAUGCGAGGAUGGACAUGCCGGUGACCCGGAAGCAAGGGCUGAAACUGUUGGUUGCAGACAACUCUCUGAAUGCCUUGGAAGAGGUGGAUGAUGAUCCUCUGUCCGUGGAGGAGUACCGAAUGAGUUACUUCGGCAACAUCGAUCUUCCUCAGAGCCUCUACAAGAUGGGAAAUAUCGUAACCGAGCUCAAGGACAUUGCGUUUAGCUUGAAACCGCAAAUGAUGAUGAGGAACACUUGUGACAGCCGGCGAUGGUUUACGAGUCGUACUGAUUCAGUUAGUGAUGCAGCCAAUGUUGAGAGUAAUGCCUUUUCUACUAAUGCAGCUGGUAAUGCCUUUUCUACUAAUGUAUCUGGUAAUGCAAUCCACGGUGAAGGCCCAGGAAUCCUUCAUCGAAUGGUGCGUGCCAUUUACAUCAAGGAAGGAAAUUUUCCAAACAUUGACAAUUUUAUUGCAAGUUCUGUAUCUUUUAUCAACGAAGGAAAUUUUAAAAGCAUCCACAAUUGCAUCCCCAAUUUAGUCGUUUUUUGUGGACCCCAACAACUUUUUUUCGAAGAGAAGCACAACAUUAUAUUAGAAAAUUAUGGGUUGUUCAAAAAGGGCAACACUGAUUGGCAUGUGGCUGGGGUUUCCAAGACGAGAUAUAUCUCAAUAAAUGACUUCAUGUCGUUAAUUCUCUGGAUUCCUAGAAAGUACGAAAAAAGGAUUUAUAAUUACCUGUUUAAUCAGCAAAUUUAUGUUUUGGAGAGUUCUCCAAUGACACUAUUAAAAUACUCAGGACUCUGUUCUUGGAAAGCACCAUUCGAUGGACAAUACAAGUUAAAUGUUUCUGUGUUUUUUAAGAAAAAUCUUGGUGGGACCAAGGAAGCUUUUUGUGGAGAAGUAUUAAGAGAUUGUAGGGGAAGGAUUUUGGAAAUUUUCUAUAAGCCAUUUCCUGAUGCAACAUCUAGAGAUGAAGUAUUCUUACUUGGAGUGCUUCAUGGGAUAGAUGAAAUUCUUAAAAGGAGAUCGGAAGCAAAGUAUAUAUUAUUGGAGAUUAACCAUAAAAAAAUUGUCAAGGUGCUAAAUCGUGAGAAGGAUAGACCAAUUGAAUGUCUUGGACUUUAUCACAAAAUUUUUGGUUUGUUAGAAUUUGAUAAAUAUGAUAUAUUGUUUCAAUAUUCUCAAGGAAACACGGUAGCUAAUAGAGUUGCGUAUAUAGCUUCGCAUCUGACCGUGGGACAGAGUUUUCCCAUAGGCGAUAGAGGUUUUGAAACAGAAGUCAGGUAUGAUCGAUUGAAAAUUCCACGAUAUGAGAUCGUCCCGAAAGAAAGGAUUGAAGUUGAAGAAUCGUCUGAUGAGGAAUCAUCCGAUGAGGAAUCGUCCAAUGAGGAAUCGUCCAAUGAGGAAUUUGAAGUCAGGUUUUAGGGGCACCAUGGUAUUUGCUGUCGGUGGACUGGUAUGUAUCGUGCUGGAAAUCAUAUUGCAAAAAAGAUUUUAGCCCUACAAAAUGCCUUCUUAAUUAUUUGGAAAAUUGGAAUGUGACGCUCUUGACCAU